UCAACUUACAUCAGUAACUCAAGUGAUGAGUGGAAGCCGUCAGUGGCCCUUAUUAACCCAACAACAACAACAAGAAGGACAAGUUGUCAAUUUGGGGUUAUAAUUCCAUCUUAUUAUUUGAUGCAUUAUUUAGAAUGUCAGAAAAUGCUGCUUGGAAAGUAAGCGAUGCAGCGAAUGUUUGUAUCUCGAGUGUUGUGUCUGGGGUGUCAGAAGUAGCAUCGAAUGUUACGUACGGUGUUGGGGGUGUGGUCCACUGUGUUGCAUCGGGAAUGGGGGAUGUGGUUUAUAAUGUUUCGUCUGGAGUUGGUGACACCGUACACAACGUGACUGCUGGAGUUAAGCGCCUGCUUACCACUCCACCUGUGAGCUGUGAGAGUGCGAUGGAUGAUGAGGAGGAGUGUCCUGGUGUUCUACCAGCAACUCCACGCAAUUCAUUGUUGUCACCUGUGCCGGAUAACCUUCACAGCGACCAUAGUCCUGGCGCAGAUUUUGAAAUUAUUGAAGAGGAAGCAGCAAUAAAUGAUGAGCUUGGAAUAACAGAGGACCACUUCUUUCAGCCAGAGGAUAAUUUGUUGUACAUGAAUGAAGAAUCACUUGAGAGAAGCAUUGACAAAUGCAAGUCACUGAUUCUGCAGAGUGAAGAGUCUACCAGCAGAAGACGAGCCCUCGUUCACAAGCUCAUACAACUGAGAUUGCGAUUACAGGAGAUUCAUGAUGCAGCUGAAAUUGCUUCCACUGGUGUUAUCAUGUGUAUGAGUCACCAGCUGCAGCCUCAGAAGCCGCCCCUCAGUCGUGCAUCCAAGCAGUACUGUGACAAGUGUGCACAGAUCAUCUGGGGUGUCAUACAUGUCUCUUACGUGUGUGCCUUAUGUGAAUAUAGGUGCCAUGGUAGAUGUGUGGAUGGUAUCCAGAGAAGAUGUGCCAGUGUAAAGGUGAACGAAGAUGCCACAUAUAUUUUACGCAUCUGUCCUGAAGUUGGAUUGUCUGCCCAGAACUAUAAAUGUGCUGAGUGCAAGAGACUCAUCACCAACAAAUACAAUAUAAUAACAAAAAGUGGAAGGAAAUUGAAAUCGAAAGCCCAUCCAAGGGGUGUUUCAUGCUUUGGUGACCCCUUCAAGAAAGAGAAUGCUUGGUGUGAGCCGAGACGCUGUGAUUACACUGGCCUCUACUACUGCCCUGCCUGCCACUGGAACUCUCGAAUGGUACUGCCAGCAAGAGUGAUACAUAACUGGGACUAUGAUGAAUGUGUUGUGAGCAGGCAGGCCAAACAGUUCCUCUUACUGAUGAAGAAUAAAUCAGUACUUCAUUUAGAGAAACUCAAUCCUCACCUCUUCAAAUUUGUUGAGGAACUCAUCUCUGUGAAGAAACUCCGAGAAGACUUGCUCAUCAUGAAGCAGUACUUGGGCACCUGUCGAACAGCCCAGGAAUCACGAAUGCUUAGACAGUUAGAGGCACGGCAGCACUUCGUGGAGAAUGCACACAUGUACUCUCUACAAGAUUUAAUUGAUAUUAAUUCUGGAGCAUUGGUGGAGUACCUUAAAAAAGUUCAUAGCAGCUUCUCAUCUCACAUCAAAAAAGAGUGUUUGGUUUGCCAGGGAAAAGGAUAUAUCUGUGAAAUAUGUGACAAUAAUGAGAUUAUAUUCCCCUUUGAUAAUGGUGUAAUUGUUUGUAAUGGAUGUUCGGCCACCCUCCAUCAUCUGUGUUACACUCGCAACACCAAGUGCCCAAAAUGUGCACGACAAGAAGCAAGACGGAAACAAGAGUCUGAUGAUAAAUAGUGUGUAGAAACAGGGCUGGAUUAAGGUAUGGGCUUAGGGACUGCAGCCCAGGGGCCUCUGCCAGCUGGAGGGCCUCCAUGGGUGUUCUCAGUAACUUACAAUUUACUGAUGUUUUGGAGAAAUUUGUUUCCAAGAAAUUACACAAAGAAAAUGUUUGAAUUUUAAUUGUGGUUAGUCUUGUAAAUAUAAAUUUAAUAUAUCUUUAACUUUUUACCCCUUGAAAAUAUUGGGGGCCCCACAGUACCUGUAGCCCAGGUGCCUCACAGUACCUAUAGCCCAGGGGCCUCACAGUACCUGAAGCCCAGGGGCCUCACAGUACCUGUAGCCCAGGGGCCUCACAGUACCUGUAACCCAGGGGCCUCACAGUACCUGUAGCCCAGGGGCCUCACAGUACCUGUAGCCCAGGGGCCUCACAGUACUUGUAGCCCAGGGGCCUCACAGUACCUGUAGCCCAGGGGCCUCACAGUACCUGUAGCUUAGGGGCCUCACCAUAUCUGUAGCCCAGGGGCCUCACAGUACCUGUAGCCCAGGGGCCUCACAGUACCUGUAGCUUAGGGGCCUCACAGUAUCUGUAGCCCAGGGGCCUCACAGUACCUGUAGCCCAGGGGCCUCACAGUACCUGUAGCCCAGGGGCCUCACAGUACCUGUAGCCCAGGGGCCUACAAAAUCUUAAUCUGGCUCUGUGUAGACAUGAGAGAUGCAGGGAUGCAUUUUUGCCACAUCUCUCUGCAAGUUUAUUUGUUAACCCUUUCAGGGUCCCCAGGCCCUCUCCCAGACUUGUUCUCAGGGUCGCCCAAAUUUCAAAAAAAAAUAAAAAAAAUAUUUCUUAUGAAAACAUAGAGAAUCUUUUCCCGAUCAUAAUGACACCAAAAGUAUGAAAUUGAUGGAAAACUUACGGAAUUAUGCUCUCGCAAAGUUAGCGGUCUCGACGAUGUUUACGCAUCGGCGAUUUUGCCCACUUUGAGCCCUAUUUUCGGCCAAUUCCAGUGUACUAGUUGACAAAAAUCAUAACCAUUUUGCUAGAACUCCAUUUUUUCUAUUGAAUGAGUACAAGAAACCACCAUUUACCGAUUUCAACUAUCCAAUACAGUGGUCAGAAUUUAGCAAUUUUGCCAAUUUCACACAAAUUUCAAAAGAUGCCAAUUUCCAAAUAGGGUCCAGAAUAAACAAGAAAGACAUUCCUGGCACUAAAAUAACAUUUCCUCUGUUCAUUAGUCACUUCCCCACGCCCCUCUUACAUUCUUUUGCUUUCCACUUUGAAUUUUUAUUCUCACAAAAAAUAGAAGAUUUACUUUUAUGCAGACUACUGAAUUAGUGUAGAAAUGUUAUAAAUAAUAUUGGCGCACUUGUGAAAGACUAUUAGACUCACUAGUUGACGUGUAUUGGACGCUUAGCAUGAUUUGUUUACUUUUGAACUUUGGUAAAAAUCGAACAUUUCUGCUACUUUGAGCUCAAUUUCAAGAUACUUUUCUUUGUAAAACCAGUCAAAAUCAUCUCAAUUUCUGUAAUAUGUUUACCAUUCUAUAAAAUGAGACCAGGAAAACUAGAAUACAACAUUAAAUACCAUACGAAAAUACAGUGCAAAGUCGCUGUUUUAAUCCAAAAACAUGGUCAAAGUUUUUUUUUUCUCAUUACGCACUGUGUGCUGCAGGGUUUUUUUUAUACUGCGCACACUGACCACAUAGACCCAUUCUUUCAUAUGUAGGCCUACCAUCUUUCUCUCACUAGAUUUGAGGGCGCUAGAAUUUAGGCGUACUAGUACGUCAAAAACCCUGGUGCGUAAGCCAUACUAGUACGUCCAAAACCCUGAAAGGGUUAAGGGACAACAUCUGAUAUAAUACAUAUGAUCUAUUAAAUCCAUGCUCUUGAAAUUAUUUCAAACAUUUAAUGAUAGACUUGAUGACAGAUUUAGGUGUGAAAAUUCCCAAUUUAAGUAAAUAAAUAUAGCUUUAAAUUGUUUACUUAUUAUGAAUUAUUUUAUUGUAGUACAAAAUAUUGGUAUACAGUAUAUCCAAUUGCAAAUUUUAUAAUAAUGAAAAUAUCAAUGUUUUGAGUAUGGGCCUAAAUAAGACAUCUGUAACGAUGUAUAUCAUGGAGAAAACUAAAAUGACAGGAAUUAAAGGUGAGAGUAGGCCUAUGUCAUACACAUGAAGUGACAAUUGUAAACCAACUUCUUCAAGUAAAUCAUUCAUUUUCCAA